AUGGCUUUCUCAUAUUCUUCACAACUGCAAACCCUCUUCCUCAUUCUCCUCGUUGUUCACCCAGCUCUGGGUAACCCGGAAACACAGCAGUGGAUCGAUCGAAUAUGCUAUCAAAAUGAGGAUUAUGGGUUUUGCAACAAAACCUCCAAUGAAAAUCUGAAAGGUCCAGCAGAUGACGUUGGCUUGGUCUUGAUAGCAAAUAACCAAGUGCUGAGAAACACUUCCAGAACUUAUCAGUUCAUUGUUGAACUUCAAGCCAGCACUGACGAUCCAGUAACGAAAACUGCUCUCGAGGCCUGCAGAAUCGCACCAAGAGGAGAGGCUUCCUGUAGACCACCAACACCAGAUAGCCCAUUGGUCAAGAGGAAGAGGGAAUUGAGAAUCCUCAUUGCAAUGGCUGCGGUCGCGGGUCAUGUUCUCCCCACUUGA